AUGAAUCAGGCAGACGCGGAUCCUACUCAAAUUGGGAGACGUGUCGUCUUGCCUGCUACGUUCACUGGUAGCCCGAGACACAUGCACAAAUACGCUCAAGAUGCCAUGGCGUAUGUGUGCAAGUACGGCCGACCUGAUCUUUUUGUUACGUUCACAUGCAACCCCAAGUGGGAGGAAAUACAACGUCAUCUAUUCCAAAACCAAAAACCUACACAUCGUCACGAUGUGAUCGCUCGGGUCUUUCGUCUCAAGCUUAAAAAAAUGAUGGAAGUCAUCUGGAAGGGAAAAAUAUUUGGUGACACCAUUUGCCACAUGUAUUCGGUGGAAUGGCAAAAACGUGGGUUACCCCAUGCGCACAUCUUGGUUUGGUUGGCUACAAAAAUACGCCCCAAUCAAGUGGAUCUCAUUAUCACUGCUGAGAUCCCAGAUUCCAACAUCGACCCUGCUUUGUACACAACUGUCACUACAAACUUGCUUCAUGGUCCAUGCGGAAGGGACAAUCCUUCCUCACCGUGCAUGCUAAAUGGCGUUUGUUCCAAGCGCUACCCCAGGCAAUUCAUUGUCGAAACACAAACUGACAAAGAAGGGUAUCCUUUAUACAGAAGACGAGAUUCCAACCAUGGUGGUCAUACAUUCAAAAAGACUAUCCGUGGGAAAGAAUUUACGUACGACAACCGAUAUGUUGUGCCAUAUUCGCCGAUUUUGUGCAAAAUGUUCCAUGCGCACAUCAAUGUCGAAUUUUGUCAGUCUGUGAAGGCUAUCAAAUACAUUUGCAAGUAUGUCUACAAAGGCAGCGACCAAGCUGUCUUUGAGGUCACUGGAGGCACUGAAAAUUUUGACGAGCUAAUGCGAGAGACCUGUGGGAUGCUUACAAAGAUCACAUGGCUGAAGACAUUCUAUUUCGCUAUCAAAAUGAGUCCAACGACCAAGGACUUGAAUUGUCCGAUGCUAUGA